AUGAUUACUUAUUGUCCGACAUGUGCAAACAUGCUUUUAGUGGAGCUAACCGAAUACAGCAAAGAAUUACGGUAUUUCUGCCAAUGCUGUCCGUAUGUGUACAGCAUUGAUAAGAAGAUUUCUAAGAUGGCACCAUUAGCCCGCAAGCAAGUGGAUGAUGUACUUGGUGGCGAUGAUGCUUGGAAGAACGUUGCCAAGACUGAUGCCACGUGCUCCAAGUGCGCUUAUCAUCAAGCGUACUUUAUGGAGAUCCAGACGCGGUCAGCGGAUGAGCCGGCAACGCUGUUCUUCAAGUGUGUGCAAUGCGGUUACCGGUGGCGCGAGGGGUAG